AUGCAUAAAGGAGUAGCAGAACAGAUGCAUCGGCUACAGGUUCCGAUGGGUACCUUCGAUUGGAAACUAACCAUUAAAACAAACAUAACCAUGUUAAAAAUAGUCGGCUUAUGGCCUGUAGGUGACGAAACUUACACAUUUAGCCUCUACACCCUCUACACUAUCAUAUCUAUAUUUACAUUUAUCUACUGCCACAAUUUCUUUCAAGUAUGCAACAUUUUCUUUAUUCUGGAUGAUCUUGAAGCAUUAACAGCCACGGUAUUCGUCUUACUGACCGAACUUCUCUGCAUCUUGAAAGCGUACUACAUAAUCCAAAACAUGAAAAUCCUCAAACAACUAAUGGUGACUCUUAACAGCGAAAUGUUUCAACCGAAAAACUUAAGACAGAGGGACAUAGUAGAACCCAGUUUGAAUUCGUGGAAAAUGGUAUAUACCGUUUUUGGUUCGAUGGCUUUCGGCACUCUUUUCUUUUGGGCGACUUUUCCGUUUCUCGAUAAGUUGGUACAACAGCACAAACUACCAUUUUUAGCUUGGUAUCCGUGGGAUACCAAAAUUUCCCCGUUUUACGAAAUCACUUAUGUUUAUCAAAUGGCGAGUAUCUCUUUUAUUUGCUUGGUUAAUUUGAACGUUGAUACGUUGAUUGCUGCUUUGAACAUGUAUACAGGGGCACAGUGCGACAUUUUGUGCGAUGAUUUGAGACACAUUCAUGAAUUUGCUGAUGUCAAUGCGAGGUUGAUAAGUUGUGUGCAACAUCACAAAGCGAUUUUAAAAUUUGCUGCAAAUUCGAACCAGUUCUUUAGCUGGAUAGUUCUAGUUCAAUUUUUCGUCAGCGCAGUUUCUAUUGGUAUGACAAUGUUUCAACUAACUGUGGUUGCUGCCUUCAGUAGUCAGUUUUAUUCUUCCAUAUUUUAUGCAAAUGCUGUCAUAGUUGAAAUUUUCAUGUACUGCUGGUUUGGGAAUGAAGUCGAAAUUAAGAGUAGUAAUAUUCCUUACGCUGUUUUCGAGUCAGACUGGACCGAGGCUUCUUUAGAAGUACAAAAGAAUAUGGUGUUUUUUAUUUUAAGGUGUCAAAAGCCAAUUAAAAUCUCGGCUUUGAAUUUGUUUUAUCUCACACUAGACACAUUUGUGAGGAUAAUGCGAACAUCGUGGUCGUAUUUCGCUGUUUUGCAUCAAGUUAGUGAAGAAUAG